UAUAACAAUUUAAGAACGGAGUAGCCUAUUAUUACAAUUUUCAUGCUUCGUUUAAAACACCAGUGAAGAAAACAUGUCUGAGAGCGUCAAGGUGGGAAUUAAAGUGAGACCCUUGAUCGAAUGUGAAAAAAACAAGAAUUUGCCGAUACAAUGGAUCGUACAAGGAAAUUCCAUUGUUUCUUUAGAUCCAGAGACGAUAAAAAGGGGGGAUAGUGAAUUUCAUUUCGAUUAUAUUUUUGAUUUGGAUGCAACCAGUUCUAAUGUAUUCGAUAGUAUUGUAAAACCUAUUGUUAUUGCCACAGUAAAUGGUUUUAAUGGAACAGUAUUUUCUUAUGGACAGUGUAGUUCUGGUAAGACACAUACUAUGAUAGGGAAUUCAGGUGAACUUGGGAUAAUACCACUAAGUAUAAUGUACAUGUUUAAGACUAUCUCUAAUACUAUUGAACGAGAAUUUUUGUUAAGGGUAUCUUACUUAGAAGUACAGAAUGAAACAAUAAAUGACCUGUUGAAUAAGGAUGGAAUUGAAUUAAAAUUUCAUAAAGAUAAUGAGCAUGCAACUGUUGAUUGUAAAGAAGAAAUUGCAAACACUUCGGAUAAAAUGUUAUCUAUAAUGAAGAAAGGAAUUAAAAUUAGAAAAACAAGAGAAACUGAUAGGAAUGACAGUAUUAGUGGUCAUAGUAUAUUUCGAAUUACAAUUGAAAGUCGUGAAAUUAGUGGAGAAUCAAAAAGUAUUGUGCAAGUAUCACAGUUAAAUUUAGUAGAUCUUGCUGGUUUUGAAAGUGCACGUGAAAUUGCUGGUAUUCAAGAACCGCAACAGACUGAUAAGUCUCUUUCUAUGUUUGAAUCCAUAAUUGUACAGCUAAGUCAGUCACAAAAUGAGCAACGAGACAUUAAUGUUCGCCACAGUAAAUUAACUGAGCUCUUACAGUCGUCAUUAGGUGGUAAUUCUUUAACAGCCAUAAUAUGCACAAUAAUACCUGUUGCUUCAAAAGAAACUUACUUUACUCUAUCGUUUGCACGUCAAGCUAAAAACGUUAAAAACAAGCCAAGAAAGAACAAAGUUUCAUCUGAUGCACCAUUCCUAAUACGUUAUUCAGAACAGUUAACUAAGCUUCAAACAGAGCUACAGAGAAUAAAAAAUGGAAAGUCACCCAUAGAAGUAGGAAGUAUAGAACCUAAAUGGCAAGAGAACUAUCAAAUUAAUCACUUACUAGAAGAACGUGUCAGGUUGCUAAAGACUCAAAUUAUUUCUGGAUGUAAUGCUAAUUAUGCAGAACCGGUUAAAUGUAAAUCUCGACGAAGACAAAGUUGGUGUAAUCCUGGAACAUUCAAAUCACAUUUGCCCGUGUUCCAAACUAAAACUGGUUUACCAACGAUAAAAGAAAUGUCACCUGAAAAACCACAGAGAAAAAGCAACAUGCAAUCGAUUGCUGUCACAAAUCAGACAUUUCAGACAGGUUUUACUGACUUUGAAUUAGACUUAAUUGAAUGUAAUGAAGGUUCUGAAGUUAAAGAAAAUGGUAUAAGUCUUGGUGAGAUGGAAUUUACAAAUAAUGUACUUACAGAAGAAACUGAAGGUAAUAACUCCUGUAUGACACCAGAAAAACAAGAUUCGUCGGUACAAACUUCAAGCAAUCAAGGCUCUCCUAGCACACCAAAAAAUGUUUUAAGGAAAUAUAUUUGUGAUUUGACCCAAGAUCUUAUUGAACUUCGUGAGUUUACAACUUUAGAGAAACAAUUAAUGUGUGGAGAAGGUCAUUGCAACUCACCUAAUCUAGACGAGCACACUGCAGAAGAGUCUGCUUCAUCCAGCUUUAAACAAAACGAACUUUUUGAGUAUUCCUCAAAUGUGGCAAUACAGUUGGAAGAAGAAAAAGUAAAGUUAGCAGAGGAACUUGAAUUAAAAAUUCAAGAACUAGAUGAAAUAAAAAACGACAUUCAAGGAUUUAAGUUAGAUGUAGAAAAGUUGCAGAAUACUAUUUUUUUGUUAACAAAUGAAAACAUGGAAAUGUCAACGAAACUGACCGCCGAGAAGGAACGUUCGAAACAGAUUGAAUUCAAUCUUCAGCGAACAAUUGACGAACUUUACGCUCGCAUUUCAAAAGUUACGGACGAAAAAAUUUCUUUGGAAAGUGACGUAAUGGUUCUGAAUGAUCAGCUACAGUCUCUUCGAUUAAAGACAUUAGAAGUGUAUAGUGACGAGCAGAUGCUUGUAAAAUAUCAGAAUAAAAUUGAUGCAUUGAAAACAGAGAACAUUGAAUCGACUGCUAUCAUCGCAGAAAAAAAUAAGGAACUUGAAAGCAUUAAAGAAAGUAAGUCGCUGUUAUACGACCAUGAAUGUAUCUACAAAGAUAAGACUGCGCUUCUUACGGAAGAAAAGGCCAGCUUGGUAUUGGAAAAUAACGAACUUUCGACCGAUUUAAUAGACAAGAUUGAGGAGAAUGACAUGUUAAGAGAAGAAUGCGACAUUCUGAAGAAUAAAAUAUCAAUAACGGAACAACAUGUGAAUGCUGACGAAAACGAUGUGGAACAAUUGAGAUCGGAGAAUAAACUUCUGAAAGCUGAGAUAAUGGAAUUGAAGAUUAAAGUAACAAUGUUGUCGGACGAAAAUGUCAGGUUUUCCAAUAAUUUGUUAGAGACUAUGGAAGAUCUUGAUCAUUCACGCAAUGAAAAGUUGGCUAACAAUUCAUUGCAUUCAUCUAGCGUAUUUGACAAUACUAUUAAAAAAAAUAAGUCUGCGAAAGAAAUAUUGCUAGAAAACAACAAUGAAACCUUAGCGGACAAAGUUACAAUGUUACAGGACAAAGUUGAUCACUUAACGCGUUUAAACAAAAAGUUGAGCGAGUUAAAGUUAUCCUCCUGCAGUCAAUGCGUUCAUUUGAAGAGUUUGAACGAUAGUCGUCGCGUACUCAAGCUCGAAGCAAAAGCUCUGAACUGUAAACUGUAUGAGUUGCAGAAGAAAUUCGAUCAGAAAUGCGCCGAUACCGAAGCAUUGAAACAGAAAGCCAAUCAAGAACUAAAUUUAAGCUUUGUCGAUGCAUCUUUGAAUGCUAGUUUCGCGGAUGGACUAAACGUGAGCUUUGUCGAGGAGAAGGUUCAGCACUUGCAUAACGAAUUGCAAAUACUAAAAGACGACCGCGAAAAACUGUCGGUGAUGUACAGAGAAAAAUGUGACGAGCUUGAAAAGCUCCACGAUGAAGUAGGCGAAUCAACGAAUGUAGACUCUAAGUCAAAGAAACAUGUAGUUAAACACGAGAGCAGGAUUCAACAGAUCCAACAGAGUAUUGACCAAGUGAGGGAUGAUAUCGACGAAUUGAAGAAAAAUAGUACAAACUUUACUUCUGUGUUUAAUAAAUUUAGAACAGAAAAAGCAAGUUUAUUGGAUGAGAUAAAUGCAUUAAGACAUAUGAAUGAGAAGCUGCAACAAAAAGUGUCGGACACUGAGAUAUCGGCAGCCACAGCUACAGAGAAGGCACAUAUUCUAGAAACUGAAUUAUUAAGUAUGAGCAAAGAGAUUGAAGAGUACACUCUGAAAGAGAAAGUAAUAAGGGGCGAAAAAUUAACGUUAGAAGUAGAACUGGAAGACCUAAAAGCUGAAAAAGAAAAUAAGGAUAUAUGCAUUACCGCACUACACAAAACCAUAGAUGAUUUAAAUGAAUGUAUUUCUUCUCUGAAGAAUGAAUUAGAUUUAAUGACAAGUCAGAGAAACGAGUUAACUGUUUCCACAGAAACCACUGAACGUAAAUACACAGAUGAACUAGAACUGUUGAAGAAACAAUUUCAGGAAUUGGAGAAAGAAAAGAAACAGUGCAUAGACACAGAGAAACGUGCAACCUUAUGGGCCAAGGAGUUGGAAGCGGAUGUAAACAAGCUACAAACGGAUUUAGCAAGGCAAGAAUGUCUCUAUAAAGAGCUGCAAGGCAAAGUUUCUCAACUGGAAGGCCUCUUAGAAGAGAGUGAAAACGAUAAGGAAAUCCUGAAGCAACAAUUGCAAACACUCGAAGUUCAGUUAACUGAUUCUAAGGAUAAUUUAGCAGUUAAAUAUAAAACAGAGUUUGAGUCUAUAACAAGAAAAUUUGAAGAAUAUACGAAAGAAUCGGAGAUCAAAUUAAAGAAAAUUAACGAAACAUUAAACAAGUAUGUCGACGAAAAUGAUAAUUUAACACAAGAGCUUGCAAAACUCCGGGACAUUGAAUUGAAAUUCCAAGAUAUGAAAGAAAAGAACGAACAUGUAUUUAUCGAGGAGAAAACUUUAGCCAAUGAAAAUGAGAAAUUAAAGGAGGAAUUAAAUACUGUUCGAGAAUGUAUGAUGAAAGAAUUGAAGUCGUUCAAGAGUAAAGUAAAUUCAGUGGAUUACUUAAGUAAGACUGCAAAUGAAAUUUUCAUAAUCUUUUUGCAAACCCUUAUGUCUAAAGAAGAAGAAGUAAUUAAAACCAUGAGGGAAUUAUUUGAAAAGGACAAACAAAAACUGGUAGAUGAAAAAAGGCAGAGUGCUGACGCAAAGAAACGUGUGACAUCGUGGGCCAAGGAAUUGGAAAUGGAAACUGAAAAAUUACAAAUGGAUUUGACGAAACGAGAGACCAUGUAUAAACAACAACAAGAUAAGAUUUAUCAUCUGGAGUAUGUUUUGAGGGAUGCAAACUACGAGAAGGAGACACUUAAAGAAAAGGUAGAAACACUUGAAGUUGACUUUAACAAUUUGCAAGCAGAGUUUGACAAGCAAAGUAAAGUGGACAUUCGGCAGGAAGAAGCGAUCUCCGUUGCCCAGAAAAGAGAAAAGGCAGUACAAGAGGACUUUAAAAAGAGAGAAAUCGAACUUCAAUUUAAAGUAAGAUCUGAGAAAGAGAUUUAUGAGAAGAGAAUAGACGAACUUGUAUACGCUAUAGAAUCCUACAAGACAAAAAAUAUGGAAUUAAAGGGUAAUAUUGAAGGACUCGAAGUUAAUGAAAAACAGUUGAAGAAUAUUAUAGAAGCAAAUGCAUCUGAAUUGAAGGCAAAUAGUCAGACUAUACAUAAACUGAACAUUGAAUUGGAACAACUUACAGAAGCCUAUAACGAAGUGAAUCAUGAAGUAGAGCAAAAGACAUCACACAUCGAAGAAAUCAAAGCGCUCUUGAAAAGUAAAUGUGAUAAGAUAUCCGAAUAUAAAGCCAAGCUUGAUACUGUUGUACCGGAUUACGAAAUACUAAAGGACCAGGUGAAAGAGAGAAAAGCAAAUAUAGAACGGUACAAGGAAGAAAUAGGAGAACUAAAGAUGGAGAAAGAAAAACAAAUAGCAAUGAUUAAGGAUAAUUUAAAUUCAGAGGAAAUAAAAAAUGUUGGUUUAAACAAGCAAUUACACGAACUGAAUAAUAAAAACAUAGCUUUAGCGGAGGAACUAGAUACCCUGAAAGAAAAAUAUGAAGAGUUGCAACAUGCAAAUGCAAAACUGGAGAGGAAGAUUAGGAACAGUACAAGUAAGGUGAAAGCAGAAGCAGACAUGGAAGAUUUGAGAGAUGUAAACAAAAGAUUACAAAAUAAUUUGGAGGGAGCAAGUAAUCGUAUAACUGAACUUCAGGAUAGUAAGAAUAAAAUUUUAAAAGAGUUAGUGAACUUGAAGGGUCAAUACGAAUUAUUGUCACAAGAAAACAUGGAAAUUAAGAAAACAUUGGCAUCAUACAAAUCUAGACAGAGUAUACCAAAUUCUUCUCAGGAUGAUGGCAGAUACGACGCGCUUCUUCAAGAAAAAAAUAAAAUUGCAUUAGAAUUAGAAGACAAAAAGUUAUUAUUAAAGCAAAAAGAGAAAGAAGUUAGAGAACAUGUGAGUCGUGUACAAGAUUUAACUGUGAAAAAUAAAGAAUUUGAUGAAUAUUUGCGAGACCAUGCUACAGUUAUACGUGAACGUGAGGCGGAGAUUUCACAAUUGAAGGAUAAAUUAUACGUUCAUCAAAUAGAAAAUAAAUUGGUUCACGAGUUGGAGGAAAAAUUAAACAUCCUUCGAGAGGAAAAUAAGAAACUUCAGGAAGAACUUGAAAUGCUUAAAACGAGACCGCAAGUGGACAUGAAGCAAAUAGACGAUAUAAAGUUGCAUAAUGAGAAAGUUUUCCACUCGUUGAGAAAAGAGAUUUCGGAAUUACAAGCGAAACUGAAUGAAUACGAGAAUAAGUUGGAACUGAAGAGUAACAGUAGUUGUUCAAGAUCAACUAGCCCAGCCUUCGAUAUUACUAGAAGAAGACAUAGCAGAAAUAAGAUUUUUAAUGAAAAGAGACAAAUAGAAAAUCUAACAUGUGAAAUAGAUGUCGAUGAAAGUGACGAAAUCUGUCAAAUGUUGCGAAAGAAGAUUCAAGAAUUAGAAUUGCAGAUAGUUUCAAAAAAUGGACAAAUAGCAACAUUAGAGAUUCAAAUUCAAAGUGAAAACUUUCCUUACCAACAAAAGUGUAAAGAAUUGGAAGAACAUUUGUUAUUCUUUUAUUUUUGACAGAAUGCAGAACUUCGUUCUGAAGUAAAAAAACUUCAAAAAGCUAUGUAUGAUAUUAACGCAUGGGAAUGUGAUACAUGCAGAAAAUGGAGGACAAACAGAAGAGAUCAAUACUGUCAAACGUCACCAAAUAAUGCAUCACAAUUAUUUACAUUAAAUAAUGAAGGUCAUUUAAAGAUAAUAAAACUGGAAAAAGAGAAGGCAUUGAUGAAGGACGUGUGCCGGUUGCGAUGUCGACGAAUAAAAGAACUUGAAGAUAAAGUACAGGAACUUUCAAAAGGAAAAUGUAACGACCAGUAUACUCGUUCUGGAUUAUUCGAUAAACAGUUUCAUUCGGAGAACAAUAUGAAACCGUGA